AUGAUAAUUCCCCAAACACAAUCCCAACGUAUAAUAGAAAAUGUACCUGACCGUGAAACUCCAAGAUGGGAUACGAAUAGGAGAGAUAAUGAAAUGGGGCAUGAGAGGUUGUAUAAUGAUUAUUUUUCUGAAAUUCCUAUGUACAGCAUCAACCAAUUCAGACGAAGAUUCCGAAUGCAGCGACCUUUGUUCUGCCGUAUAAUGAACAAGGUCGUUGAAGGUGAUGUUUACUUCCAGCAACGUAGGAAUGCGGCUGGAAAUUUGGGGUUAUCACCUAUGCAAAAAUGCACAGCCGCUAUAAGAAUGUUAGCUUAUGGCUUGGCUGCAGACGCCGUGGAUGAAUAUGUUCGCAUAAGUCAAUCAACCGCUCGUGUUGCCCUUAAACAUUUUUGUGCAGGGGUCAUUGAUCAGUUUGGAGCUGAGUACCUAAGAAAUCUCACAACUGAUGAUCUGUCACGCAUCUUGCAUCAAAAUGAAAUGCGUGGUUUUCCAGGCAUGAUAGGUAGCAUUGAUUGCAUGCAUUAG